AUGGAAGCAUAUGUCGAUGAUUUGGUAAUCAAAAGCAAAACAGAAUAUCAAAUGCUCGAUGACAUCCAAGAAACCUUCAAGAACCUAAAGAAGGUCAACAUGAAACUCAACCUCGAGAAAUGUUCAUUUGGGUUUGAGAAAGGAAAGUUCCUUGGGCAUAUUGUAGGAAAACAAAGUAUAAAGGCUAAUCCAAACAAAGUCAAGGCUGUUCUCGAAACCAAACCACCACGAAGCAAAAAAGAAGUUGAAAGCUUAAACGGGAAGCUUGCAGCCUUAAAGCCUGAGGAAGCCUUCAACCAGAUGAAGCAACACCUUGCUUCACUCCCAAACAUUGCAGCCCCAGAAACGGGAGAGUUGAUCUCUGUAUACCUUUCGGUUGCUGAAGAAGCAAUAAGUGCGGUCCUCACCAGUGAACGAGACAAAGUUCAGACCACCAACAACGAAGCUGAAUACGAAGCGUUGAUAGCCGGCUUGAGGUUGGCUAAAGAAAUGAAGGUUGAAAAGCUUGAAGUCUUCACAGACUCGUUGUUGGUGUCAAGUCAAGUGAACGACAGUUAUGUUGCAAAGGAGCCAAAUAUGAAGAAAUACAAAGAAAAAUCAAAGGAGUUGAUGAACACCUUCCAAACAUGUACCAUCAAGCAAAUUCCCUGGUCUCAAAAUAAGAAAGCUGAUGCUCUAAGCAAAUUAGCUACUCUCACCUUUGCCCACCUCACAAAAAAGGUGUUGGUAGAAGUGUUGAAAACUCCAUCAAUCGAAGAGCCGGAAGUUCAAGACGUAAUCACCGAAGAAGGCACCAAUUGGAUGACUCCAAUCAAAAAAUUCCUUAAAAAUGGUGAGUUACCAACUGAUCAAGCAGAAGCUGAAAGGUACUUGAUCAAAGAGGUUCACGAAGGUAUAUGCGGAGCUCAUUUUGGAGCUAGAUCGGUGGUUGCUAAACUAAUGAACCUUGGGUAUUUUUGGCCCACCAUGCACCGAGACACCAUUGAGCAAAGGAAGCGUGAUUCCUGCCAAAUUCAUGCACUAGUCCCGAAAAGUCCCAAGCAUGAUCUUGUCCCAAUAACCUCAGCAUGGCCAUUUCAUAAAUGGGGGAUGGACAUCGUUGGCCCAUUCCCACCAGCCAAAGGUGGAGUAAAGUUCUUGUUGGUAGCCAUAGACUACUUCACCAAGUGGCCUGAGGUUAAACCACUUGCAAAAAUCAUGGGCAGACAAGUCAUUGAUUUCGUUUGGGAAAACAUCAUUUGUCGUUAUGGAUUGUCGAGAGUGCUUAUCACCGACAAUGGAAAGCAAUUUGCCGAGAAACCUUUCAGCGUUUGGUGCAAAGAAUAUAGAAUAGCUCAGGUUUUCAGCUCGGUGGCAUAUCCACAAUCAAACGGUCAAGUGGAAAGGAUGAACAUAACCAUAGUUGAAAGGAUCAAAGCCAGAUUGGGAAGCCGUGAUUCCAGCUGA